UACGAGGAUUUUGGUCGUUAGGGGAUAACGGAGGGAAAACAUGAAGUUUGUCAUCGGCUAGCAUGUACGUCAAAUGCGUUGCUUGUCAGAUUUUCUUAACUUCCUGUGUUUUUCACCAGUUUUUAAUAUAAUUUUUUUGAACAAAUGCCACACAAAGUAGACUUCAGAGUGGUCCAGGUGUCCGGAGAAGAUGAAAAUUACCUGGCAGCCGAACUUAACGAACAUGACCCAACAACUAAAGGAUGGCAGUCCAAACGGUAUCCCCAUUAUCCUCAAGAACUGGUUCUUAAGCUCGAAACAAAAACUAAGAUUUACAAGUUACAAAUCCUCUCCCAUCAGUACCUUAUUGCCUCCAAAAUAGACUUACUCUUCGGUACACUACCAAAAGGUGAAGAAGAUGUACCAGAUGAGCCGAAAAUAAGAUCUGAACGAAAACCAAAGGUUCCUCGAAACGUAAAAUGGGCAAAUGUAGGACAGAUGUCUCUUAGUGAAAAUGUUGAAACUGACUACAAGGCCAGAGAACUAAAGUCUGCACUCUUGGACUCAGCAGCUCUGUACAUCAAACUAGUGUUUCAUCAGAACCAUGUUAAUAGAUUCAACACCUACAGUCAGAUUGGAGUUAUUGCUAUCAAUAUUAUUGGGGAAGAGAUGAUAGCAAAAGAAUCGGAGAGUCCAAACAUUUUUAAAGAUAAAGAAAAUGUGAUAAAAAAUGACGUCAUAUCACCUUUGGACGAUCUCAGUGUAUCACUGUACGUUGAAGGAGAAGUAGUGACAUUACUACGAAAACUAGAAGUAAAGAAGCAAAAAGCAAUUUCUGAAGAAAGAUUUGUGUAUGCAAAGAAACUGAAGAAUGCAAUGAAAGAAUUAAAAGAGGUCGGAGAAAAACUGGGAAAGUUUACUAUUGAAAAACAAAUGGCAGUUGAAGUAGAAGAUUUUGAUAAGGCUCGUGCAAAGAAGAAAGAAAUCGAUGAGUACCGAUUGCAGGCUUAUGAAAGACUUGGACUACCAGACUUGCUGGAAAUGGAUGGGUAUAAUCCUAACCUCGACAUGUCACGAGGAGAAUUAAAACUACCAAAACUGGAGACUGUGAAAACCCCACCGGCACCAAAACCUAAACCACCUACUCCACCACCUGAACCUUCUGACCAUCACAGAAAAUCACCACCCAAUAGUUUUUCAGCUUAUGAGGAUCGCAUCAUUCCAGCCUUGAAGAGCCAAAAAACCAGAUCAUCUCCACCUGAAUCCUAUUCCUCAUCAGUGCCUGAAUUUCCAGAUGAAGAUUUGGAAGAGUUAAAGUAUGGUAAAAUGUCUGAGAAGGACAAACAUGAUGCUGCUUUGCCUAUCGAAAUCUUUGGUCUGCCUGUGGUUGAGAGGGCUUAUUCGAAAGUAUUCUCAAAUCGAGAAACAGCACUGAAGGAGAUUCAGAAGUUUCAUCAAAAGUAUAAACCUAAAGGAAAAUUUAAUACAUCCACUGACGUGUUGAAAGCCACAACAUACAUACUGGAACGGACGUUGAAGGAUAAAGUACUGUCUGUUUUUAUUCUUGCUCUGGAACUUUUGAAAAUUGUUUUCACCCAAUUUCUUCCUUCCAAUAGAGUUCCAAAAAAUGAGAUUUCAGCAGCAAUAAACAGGACUUUGCCUUUAGUCAUCACCAGAACUGGUGAUACGAUGGCUGAUUAUAAGGAUGUGAAAUCUUUACAAUCAGUACCUACUCAUACGCUCCAACCUUUUCCUGGUACCAUCAACGCUCGCUUAGCCCAGAGCCGCUGUGAAUUGGUUGAAGCUCUAAUACGCAAGUAUUCUAUUAGUGAUCGGCAGGGUUUGACAGUAGGAAAUGUGAUGCUGUUCAGUGUGAAAGCUUUAGCCCAUCCGGCAGGCUCAGUAAGAGAGGUGGCAGAACGUAUAAUCAUUGGCUUGUACAAAAGCGUGGGUAAAGUGGUUAAGCAACAUUUACCUCGGGACACUGAGAAGACCCGGAAAAAUAUCAUGUUUCGCAGGAUCUUUAAGGAAUUUGACAAGAUUGACAGCCAGGGAGGAAGACAGUCUACAGACAGAGAGGAGGGGAUUCGAACAUUGAAGAGUAGGCUUAACAUGAUAGGAGGUUUUGGUGGGGGCCCCAGCAGAGCAUCGAGUCUUCAGACAAGCCCUAAGAGACGUUCUCAAAGAAGACGAUCCUCUUCAUUAGACAUGGGUCGAGCUUCAUUUAUGAGCGGACACAAUUCACGUUCUGUUUCACGAGCCAAUCAAUCUCUGUUACAUCUUCGGUCAGACUCGUGGGAUGAGGAUGACAUUGUAGAACUUGAUUUAGAAAAGAUUUGCAUGUUUUGUGAAGAGAAAAAGGAUUCCUUUAAUCCUGAGGGAUUAGAUCUUCAUUAUUACAAAGACUGCCCAAUGUUGAUGCUCUGUCAAAACUGCAAACAGGUUGUUGAGAUAGCUGGCUAUACAGAACACUUGUUAGUUGAGUGUGAUUCUCAAGACCAGUACAAACAAUGCCUGAGAUGUAAGGAGGCUAUCCCUCUUAAAGGCUACCAAGCACACACGAGGUUGAAAAAGUGCAUAGCUGCCAAGCCAGAAAAAGUAGCGAAUCGUUGUCCUCUGUGUCACCAGAACAUAUCGCCUGGUGAAGCAGGAUGGCAGGCUCAUUUGAUGAAGGAAGAUGGUUGCACUUUUAACCCACGUCGUAAGGGAAAUACUUCGAUGAAAAGAGCUUCUAAAUCAAGAAAGAAUACUCAAGAUGCAUCAAAUCAUUCAAGCCUAUCUCAAUUGGCUGAAGAACCAAGAGAGUCCCAAACACCCCCUUCUAGAAGUACCGUAACCCCUUCGGACCAGGUUAAAAACAGUCAACAAUCACUGAAAGCUGGCAUUCCUUCUCAAAGAAUUCUCAAGAAGCAACUUCAUUAAUAGACCAACAGUAAACGAAGAAUCCCCUGUUAAACACAACGUAUUUUUCUUAGUAUACUUAGGUUCGUACAGCACUUACAAUGACAUUUCCUUUUGUGGGCCAAUUUUGCUUAAAUACGUCUCUGUACAAAAUAAUUUUUUAGUUGUUAAGUUGUGUGAUGAAAACUGAUUUUUUUCUGUUUUAUUGAGAUGUUAGGUAUUAUCUGUUUUACUUUCCCUGUUUUUUAAUUUACACGUUGAGACACCUACAAUUUAUAAAACCAACCUUGAUAUUCUAGCACAGCUUGGAACAUUUAUACUGACUCUUCAACACAGUACUUGACUUUUUACUGUUUUAAUGAUUGACCGUUAUAACAUUAAGUCUUUUGAUCAUUUUUACUAUUAUUAUUGAAGCCUGUGGUCAUUAUUAACCAUUUUAAUUUUAGGUGUUAUAAUUAUUGACCAUUAUAAUGCUUUGUCAUGAAUUCUGUCUGAUGAUCAUUACUACUUUUUAUUUGACUUUUACAGUUACUAACCAUGAUGGUUGUUCUGACUAUUCAGUUUUAUCGAGCAGCCACUGUGUUUCUGGAGGUAUUUAGCAUUUUGAUCCUUAUUUGACAAAGUAUUAUAACUAAUUACAAAUGCAUCUAGAGUUUAAACUUUUCUUUUAUUUCAAACAUUACUAUCUUUAGGGUAAAACAAAAGUAGCUACAACAAAUUCAACUUAACCCACUGAAUGCGACCACUCCAAGUAUUAAGUGUACCAGCCGUACACCAUAUUCGGCACACCUGCAUUCAACUGCCAGAAGCAGACUGUACCCUAUACAGCAAACUAGAAGUCAAUGGUUUAAUGGUUUUUAUGGACCAUGUGUUUAUGCAAACAUUGAAUAGAUUCAGACUAAAUACAAAAAUUUUUUAAAGUUCUAUAUUAAAAUGGGAAGGUAGAAAAUACAUGGUAAGCAUGCUUCCCACACUUUUACUGGUAAUGCAUCUGUGGUUUAAUCAAACUUUCUUUCCAAUCUAUUUUUAUAACUCUGCUGAGUUUUGUUCCUUCAUUUAAAGUUCUUCUAAUUGGUGAGAUUGUUUUGUUCCAUGCAGAAUUGAAACUUCUGAUGAAAUAUUUUGUAAUAAGGGGCUUUUAAACUAUUUGCAAACGUAAUUGUAUUUUUAUUAAUAAUGCACAAAUGUGUUUGUUGUGAGUAUACAAUUGUUGAGUAAUUUUUAGUAUAUUUAAAAGUUUUGCAAUCAUUUUUUUAAAUUUCCUAAGUUAGGCUGAUAGUUGUGUUUAAAAAGGGGAACUAUCAAAACAAAAAAUGAACUGUAGAUAGUUAAAAAAGAUGGGAAACGUAAAAAUCUAUGAGCAGAACUUAAUUUUUAUUUAGGAAAAUAUCUAAUUUUUUAUUUUUCAAACAAGAUGAGUUUUAACUGCUUCCU